CUUCAUUUACGAAUGUCAGUCAUCGCCGAUAUCUUGACACAAACAGAGGAGAAGUUAACGUUAAACCCCAUUUGAGUGGCGUGUUGGUAAAUUAAGCGGCCAAUCGAGCAUAAAAUUUUGAUUUCACAGUGGGUGAAAACAAAGUACAACAACGCUGAGUGAGAGCAUAUUAACGGAUUGUGUUUAUUUAUCUUCGCUGUUUUCUCUCGUCAUUGAGACGCCAUUGUAAUUUCCUCUGUUUGGAGCCGUAAGCUUACGAAAGCCAGAUAUUGACAAACUGCUUCAGCAUGCAAACCACCAACGUUUCAAAUUCUCCUGGGUUGAAUAUCCAAAAUAUGUUACAAAAUUCUGGUCAACAACCUCAACAAAACCAAACAUUGGUUGAACCUCUCGCUGUUGCCGAAAGCAUGGAUGGACGCAAACAAGACAUAGGUGAUGUACUGCAACAAAUAAUGAACAUUACAGAUCAGUCUUUAGACGAGGCACAGUCCAGAAAGCACUCGUUAAAUUGUCAUCGAAUGAAGCCUGCUUUAUUCAGUGUUCUUUGUGAAAUAAAGGAGAAAACAGUUCUCAGUAUAAGAGGUGCUCAAGAAGAAGAACCCCCUGACCCACAGUUAAUGAGGCUGGACAAUAUGCUUUUGGCCGAAGGUGUUGCUGGACCCGAAAAAGGAGGUGGAAGUGCUGCAGCAGCUGCGGCAGCUGCUGGUGUCCAUGACAACCAAAUUGAACAUUCAGAGUAUCGAGCUAAGCUUGCUCAAAUACGUCAAAUUUAUCACACUGAGCUUGAAAAAUAUGAACAGGCCUGUCAUGAGUUUACCACUCAUGUCAUGAACCUUCUAAGAGAGCAAUCAAGGGCCAGGCCUAUAACACCAAAGGAAAUAGAUAGAAUGGUUAACAUUAUCCAUAGGAAGUUCAGUGCCAUUCAAAUGCAAUUAAAACAGAGCACAUGUGAAGCAGUUAUGAUUCUGAGGUCACGUUUUCUUGAUGCAAGGAGGAAACGAAGGAAUUUCAGCAAGCAAGCUACAGAAGUUCUCAAUGAAUAUUUUUAUUCUCACUUGAGCAAUCCAUAUCCCAGUGAAGAAGCAAAGGAAGAACUUGCCAGGAAAUGCAAUAUCACAGUUUCUCAAGUGUCAAACUGGUUUGGCAACAAGCGUAUUAGAUACAAGAAAAACAUUGGAAAGGCUCAAGAAGAAGCCAGUUUAUAUACAGCAAAAGCAGCAGCACAGAAUAUGCCUUCACAUAGUAAUGAUACCAUUUCUCCGAAUGAACAAGGUUUCAAUCACAUGAGCCAGGCUACACCUACAAUGAUUCAAGUAUCUCAAGGUCAGAUGUUAAGUCCGUCUCAUCAUAGCGAUGUUAUGAUAAGUGGGAUGCAAAUGAAUGGGGUACACGGAGAAUAUCCACCCGUAUCCAUGGUUGGCAAUAACAUACAAUCACAGGGUGGCCCAGAGUAAGUAUAAAGAUAUUUUAUCACUGAGAUGUUAUCGUUGAAGAAUGGUAAACAAAAAUGGAGGGGGGAGGUUGAAAAAAUAUAAACACAUUGUUAAAUUUAGAAGUAAUUAUGAAAGAUGAAUAUCUUAUAUAAACAAUUGAUAUUUGAUGAUGCGGUUGAGAAUUUUACUAUUUUUAGUUAUAUAAAGGACAAAUUAAUAAAUUGUGAUUCUAUGAUUAAAUAAAUUCUUGUGUUCUUGUGCUUCAAAA